ACAACAAGAGAGAGAGAGAGAGACAGAGAGAGAGAGACUGCCAACGAGGCGAAGCAGCCGGCCAAUCUAGCAUCAGCGCGCGGGGUCUGAGAGCAGAGCGGCAGGGCGCCAUGGCGGCAUCGGUGGCGCUGAGCAGCGGGCACCGGAUGCCGGCGGUGGGGCUGGGCGUGUGGCGGAUGGAGAAGGCGGACAUCCGCGGCCUCAUCCACACAGCGCUCCGCGUCGGCUACCGCCACCUGGACUGCGCCGCUGACUACCAGAACGAAGCUGAAGUUGGUGACGCGCUCGCAGAGGCAUUCCAGACCGGACUCGUCAAGCGGGAGGACCUGUUCAUCACAACCAAGCUGUGGAACUCAGACCAUGGGCAUGUGCUUGAAGCCUGCAAGGACAGCCUGAAGAAGCUGCAGCUAGACUAUCUCGACCUCUACCUCAUCCAUUUCCCAGUAGCCACUCGGCACACCGGAGUCGGCACGACUUCUAGCGCUCUGGGUGACGAUGGCGUGCUGGACAUCGACACCACUAUCUCCCUGGAAACGACAUGGCACGCGAUGGAAGAGCUUGUUUCCAUGGGGCUGGUGCGCAGCAUUGGAAUCAGCAACUACGACAUCUUCCUCACCAGAGACUGCCUGGCCUACGCCAAGAUAAAGCCGGCGGUGAACCAGAUCGAGACGCACCCCUACUUCCAGCGCGACUCACUUGUCAAGUUCUGCCAGAAGCACGGGAUCUGCGUGACCGCGCACACCCCGCUGGGUGGCUCCACCGCCAACGCCGAGUGGUUCGGGACGGUCUCGUGCCUGGACGACCCUGUCAUCAAGAGCUUGGCUGAUAAGUACGGCAAGACGCCGGCGCAGCUCGUCCUCCGCUGGGGUCUGCAGCGGGACACGGUGGUGAUCCCCAAGACCUCCAAGGUGGAGAGGCUGCAGGAGAACUUUGACGUCUUCGGUUUCGACAUCUCCGGCGAGGACAUGGAGAGGAUGAAGGCCAUCGACCGGAAGUACCGGACUAACCAGCCUGCCAAGUUCUGGGGCAUCGACCUCUAUGCUUAGCUUUUAGUUCGGUUGCGUUGCGUCGCGUACUCGCGUGCUGCGUCUCUCGGCCCCCCCAGACAAGACAGCAUCAAUAAUGAGGAUACCCUCAGACGGCAUCAGUCAAAGUCAUGAGGAUCUCAGACAGCAUCUUCCAUCACAUGUGACGGUGUGAGGUUGAUGGUAGGGUUUGGUAUCCCCACGUGUCCCUCUCUCUUUCAGCUCAGCUAAUCAUCACCAUGUAGACUACGCAGUGUUUGCCUCCGAUUAUUUACUGUUUUUCUUCCUUACAAAUCCGUACAUAUCUUUACUGGUAGGUUGAACAAUUUGCUGACA